UGUUGUUUUUGUUUUUUGUUUUUUUUGUUUCAAAAAAAUGAUGUGUACGAAAUGAUAAGACGCAGUUGAAAAUAAAGUAUGAUACGACGCAGUUCUGAUUCCCAGCCCUGUAUUUAAACAGUGGAUGGUCAGUGGGCUUCAUGGCUUGCCUGGACUAGCUGUGACGUUACCUGUGGAGACGGUCACCAGUCGCGUAAAAGAACGUGUACAGAGCCAGCCCCCGCGGGAGGGGGUAAUUAUUGUCAAGGACACUCUGACGAAAUUCAGAGGUGCACUCUUCAGCCAUGUCCAGUUCAUGGUCACUGGUCAACAUGGAGUGGCUGGGGGAGCUGCAGUACAACAUGCGGUAUUGGAAUGCAACGUAGAGACCGAACAUGUUCAAAUCCCUAUCCUGCACGUUUUGGAGAUCAUUGUUAUGGUGAUUCAAGAGAUGAUAGACUAUGUGUCGAUGCAGUUUGUCCCGUAACCGACGGUGGUUGGAGCACGUGGACAUCAUGGACAGCAUGUACAGCAAGUUGUGGAGGUGGGAUAAAGUCUCACUAUAGGGAUUGUAUCAAUCCUAUGCCAUCUGCAGGAGGAAAACAUUGUACUGGACUUCAACAUGAAGUAACAGCAUGCAAUCAGAAUAAUUGUCCUCUAACCGACGGUGGUUGGAGCACGUGGACAUCAUGGACAGCAUGUACAGCAAGUUGCGGAAGUGGGAUAAAGUCUCACUAUAGAGAUUGUAACAAUCCUAUGCCAUCUGUAGGAGGAAGACUUUGUACUGGACUUCAACAUGAAGUAACAUCAUGUAAUCAGAAGAAUUGUCCUCGAAAGCUGUCGUCAUUUUCGUACUCUCAUCCUGUAAUGACUGAGAUUUUUCGCUACAAAGAAAAGUUAUGUCAUAUCUUUUCUUUUGGAUCAAUAUAUACCUGUUCCACCGUUGCUUUUGACACUAAAAUAUUUGAAGAAGGGUCUUCUUACAACAGUACGACUGGCGACUUUACGUGCUCUUAUCCAGGUGUUUAUGUUUUCAUGGCUUCGUUAAUCAGUUCUGCUGGAUCAAAAAUUAAUUGUGAUAUUACAAAGAACAAUCACGCCAUGGCAAAAAUUAUCAAAUAUUCGUCAGAUAGUAAAGACUCUAUAAGUGCAACGAUAACAUUACAUCUCCAACGUGGUGAUAAGAUUUCCUUGUUUUGUCAGCAUUUUUCUGAAAUUUUAGAGUCAUCUUCAACCUUCAGUGGAUUUCUCUUACAAUCUGAUAGCUAAUGUAUAUACAUGUAUAAAAUGAAUAUUAGCCAAUCAAACAUUUGUUUUUCUUCUAUGACUCAUAUAUUUAAUGUAUAAUAAAAAAGAAAUAAAAUGAGUUUUGCCUUUG